AUGGUGAACGCUGCAGCCGUUGUGUACAUCUUCCUCGAGGAUGUCCACAAGGCUGUGUCUAUGGAGGACGUCAAGGAAUGGCUGCAGAUUGUAAACGAUGUGGUGGAGAUCAAGCUGCAAUUUGACGCGGCUACAGAGCGGCCAUGCUACUACGUGGAGUUCCGAAGUGCGACAGCGGCGCAGCAGACUGUGCAGUAUCUCAGCGGCGCACGGCUGAAGAACUGCGUCGUGACGAUACAGUCCCCCAUGUAUUCGACGGCGCCAGAAGCGCAGGGGCCAGUAAGCUUCCCUCGAGAGCCUCUGUCGACGACCAGCGCUGCCCCCCGACCGAAAAGUGAUCCCUGCAGCGAGACAGAGGAGUUGCCCUUCAACCAUCUGCUGCCUCCUGACCUUCAGAUGGAUGCGCCACUAGCGAAGUGGCUCCCUCAGCUGGAGAAGACAGCACUAUACUCUACCGACGGCUUUACCAUGUGGCAGCAGCUACAGAAAGUACAACGGGAGCUAGUGGAAGUUUACCAGGAGCUGGAGCUCACAACAGAGCAAGUCGCGGCUUCCGACACGAGGUUGUCGGAGCUCCUCCACGUGAAGGAAAGCGAGUCAGCUUUCCAUGGUACCAUUCUCUCUCACUCGCCGUUGCCUCUGCAGGAUCGCACGGCUACCCUGCAGGCACACCACGUUCUAUCUCACCAGCAAGCGAUCCCAUUCGAUGCGCAUACUCCGAGUCGGGUUGUCGCUCUGCUGACCAAUUGCUUUGGACCGCUCUCACUCUGCUCCGAGGUGGUUACCCAGGCCGGUUUCUUCCUCGCGGUGAGGUUUCUCUUUGCUGCCGACGAGGAGGUUUUCUUAGCGGCUGCUACUGCGCCAGGAUCCACAGAGGUGAGUAAGGAGAAUGGGCAGCAUCACGGGGCGGAGUGGAAGAGCAUCGUCCAAGGACUUGACUGGAGACCGGCGAAGAGCAGCACUGCCGUGCAUCACCUGUUUCCACUCGAAGUGGACGCGCGUCUGCAGCGCGUAGUGCGCCAGCUGCUAGCGUAG